AUGAUGGACGAAGGUAAAGACGAGCUCGGACUGCCCCCAGCAACCGAGGCCUCGCUCGCCCAAGCCGUCGAAGUCUCAGCCCUCAAGACGCAUAUUGGCCGUCUGCUCUGGGUUGUUCUCGAUGCCAACCCCCAGGACGUUGAAUCUUCUCUGCUCAAUCACGCCGAUACCUGGGAGAUCUGCCACAAAUUCAUCACCGAUCCCCAGCAGCAAGUGCUCUUCAUUGUCAAGGAGAAGGGAGAGGCCCGCACCAACGCCAAUGCCGGCCUCGGCUCCUAUUCGGACUACUCCUCGAACAGCUUCAGUACAUUUUCGUACAACCUCGAUUAUGGCUCGCUGACCAGCCCCACGGGCUACAACUGGAGAAGCGGAGUGGAAGACUCCAACAACCACAACUACAACUAUGCGCUCCAACUCGAGCUGAGCUACUCUGAUAGCCAGGUCGCCUCCAUGGCCCUGAUCAAGCGUUUCCCGAUUGUCGAGGAGGGUCGCCCCCUGCAGAACCAGCUGCAGCUCAUCAACUUGCCGGGUCCUGGCGAUGGCGGAAACACAUACGAGACGCUCCAUUCGUACAUCCACAACGCCGUGUCCCCUUUCUUCGAUGCCUAUGUGGCUUCCAAGGGUGGGCUCGUUCCCAGCACCGGUGGCCGCGACGACAAAGAAGCCAAGACAGGUGUCCCCAUGGCCAAGAAGAAGCUGGCUGAGCUUGAGCUGUCGCUGCUGCAUCUCCAGCAGAACGUCGAGAUCCCUGACAUCACCCUGAUGAUCGACCCGGUCGUCAAGUCGGCCGUCACGACCUGCCGCGAGCAGAAGAAGAAGGUCACGGUCGACGCCGUCGGCAACAUCGACGACUCGUCCUUCCUCAACAAGCUUCAGGGAGACGUCAACGGCUGGGUCCGUGAGAUCCAGAAGGUGACCAAGCUUACCCGCGACCCUGCCUCCGGCACAGCCAGCCAGGAAAUCAACUUUUGGCUCAGCAUGGAGCGUGCGCUUGCCCAGAUCGAGGAGCAGCUCAAGAGCGACCAGAUCACCCUGACCCUCGACAUUCUCAAGCACGCCAAGCGCUUCCAUGCCACCGUUAGUUUCCUGGCCGACACCGGCAUCAAGGAAGCCAUGGACAAUGUCGCCAAGUACAACCAGCUGAUGCGCGACUUUCCCCUCAACGAGCUCCUGUCCGCCACCGACGUCGACAAGAUCCGCGAGUCCAUCCUCCAGAUCUUUGGCCACCUCAACAAGAAACUCAGGCUCUCACCCUAUCCGAUCCGCCGCGCCCUGCCCUUGGUCGAAGCCAUCUCGCGCGAUCUCAACGAGCAGCUCCUCAAGGUUCUGGGCAAUCGUCGCCUGAUGUUCAUGGACUACAACGAGUUCGAGAAGGCCAUUGCCGGAUGCGACAAGGUGUUUUCGGUCUGGGACGACCAGGUCAAGGAGUUUGUCAACGUUGCCCGUGAGGUCACGCGAAAGCGAUCCGAAAAGUUCAUUCCGCUCAGGGUCAACAAUGCCCACGUAAAGCUCGAGGAGCGCGUCAACUUCCUCAAGACUUUCCGAAAGCAGCACGAGCAGCUUCACUCGACCAUCCUCAAGGUCAUGAAGCCCGAGAAGUCGUCGAUCGAAGUCUCCACUACGAUUGUCAGCAUCGAGCGCGGCGUCCACAUCUCGGACGCCUCUGCCAUCGACGAUGUCAAUGCCGCGUUUGAGGGUGUCAAGAAGAUCGAUGUGCUCGACAUCACUCUCGAAGGCACCGAGGUCUGGGUGGCUGCCGAGAAUGCCUACAACGACCGCGUCUCUCGGGUCGAAAACCAGAUCAUUGCUCGCCUGCGCGAUCGCCUGGGCACGGCCAAGAACGCCAACGAGAUGUUCCGUGUCUUCUCCAAGUUCAACGCCCUCUUUGUGCGCCCCAAGAUCCGCGGUGCCAUCCAGGAGUACCAGACCCAGCUCAUUGACAGUGUCAAGGAUGACAUCAAGCGCCUCCACGACAAGUUCAAGGCCGGCUUCCGCAACUCGGAGGUCUACCGCAUGUCGCAGCUGCGUGACAUUCCCGCCGUUGCCGGCACCAUCAUAUGGGCUCGUCAAAUCGAGCACCAGCUCGGGCUGUACAUGAAGCGAGUCGAAGACGUGCUUGGCAAGGGCUGGGAGAACUAUGCCGAAGGCACCAAGCUCUACGAGGAGUGCACCGCCUUCCGCAGAAAGCUCGACACCAAGCCGGUCUUUGACGCAUGGCUGACCGAGAUCCAGAAGCGCGACCUUAGUGUAUCCGGACGCAUCUUUGACAUUGUCCGUGCCCGCGCCGCCGGCAACGCCCUGACCCUGAACGUCAGCUUUGACUCCCAGAUCAUCACCCUGUUCAAGGAUGUUCGGAAUCUGCUUUGGUUGAAUUUUAGCAUCCCACAUGCGAUCUCGAAUGUCGGCAAGGAUGCCAAGCGCGUCUACCAAUACGCUGUCUCCCUGAGCGAGACCGUGCGCACCUACGGCCAGACCGUCAACAAGGUCACGCGCAACGCGGUCAUUGCUCCUCUGAUCGCCGUGUAUCAGAAGGAUGUGCAGACAGCCAUCUCCAAGGGCAUCAUGUACCGAUGGGAGAUGUUUAGCGGCAGCUACGACACUCGUCCCCAGUUCACUGUCCACUACCGCGGAGCCGACAAGGCCGAGAAUCGCCAGGUCAUGUAUGUGCGCGAGUUUGCUGCAAUCGUUUCCGUCUUCCAGGAAAAAGUCAACACGGCCUUGUUGAUUUACAACGAAAUCAACCUGGCUGUCGAGGAGCUCAAGAGCUGCGUCUACCUCAAGUCCAAGCUGAUGGAGAUCCUGGAUCGCAUCCAGCGCGACAUUGACCGUCUCAAUCUCGAGGCAUAUUCCAACCUGGAGGAGUGGACCGAGCAGAUCGACCAGCGCAUUGAGGAGGUCCUGAUCACGCGUCUUCAAUCCGCCAUCAAGGCAUGGACGGCCGAGUUCCUGCAAGAAGACGGAUCAAUCGACGCCCGUCGGCUGCACAAUCGCCUCACCUCCGAGGGCAGCUUGAUCCAGCAGCAGCUCGAGGAGUUUAUGGAGCUGAGUACCCCUCGCAAGGACGAAAGCCGACCCCAGAUGAAGUGUCUGGUUCACGAGCUCCGCCUCAAGGACCAAGUCAUGUACCUCUAUCCGCCCAUCGAAAGUGCCCGCGCCCACUGGUACACCGAGCUUCAUGACUGGCUGUUGGUUGUGUGUUCGCUCAGCCGUGUCCAGGGCUCUCGCUAUGAGAUGGGUCUCGCCGUUGAUGUCGAGGAGUCCGAGAACACCUACAGCAACUUGCUCACCAAGCUGCCGCAGAACACGCUCGAAAGUGCCUACGGUAUCUUGGAGAUGAAACUCAAGCUCGUCUCAGAUUACGUCGGCAUCUGGCUGCAAUACCAGUCCCUCUGGGAUCUCGAGCCCCAGCUCGUGCACUCCAAGCUCGGCGAUGACCUCAACAAGUGGCAGCAGCUUGUCCUGGAGAUCAAAAAGGCCCGCGCCACGUUCGACAACUCCGAGACCAAGCGGUCGUUUGGUCCGAUUGUGAUCGACUACGAGCAGGUGCAGUCCAAGGUCAAUGCCAAGUACGACCAAUGGCAGCGCGAGGUGCUCAACCAGUUUGGCUCCAAGCUCGGCAACUCGAUGCGCGAGUUCUACACGACUGUCUCGAAGGCUCGCUACGACCUGGAGCAGCAGUCGGUCGACAGCAGCUCCACUGCCGCUGCCGUGUCGUUUAUUACGUUUGUGCAGGACCUCAAGCGCAAGCUGCCAAAGUGGAGCGUCCAGGUCGAAACCUUCCGCAACGGCCAAAAGGUGCUCGAGCGCCAGCGCUUCCAGUUCCCCAGCGACUGGCUCUACGUUGACAACGUUGAUGGCGAAUGGAGCGCCCUGAACGAGAUCCUGACUCGCAAGAACAACGCCAUCCAAGAGCAGAUUGCUGGCCUGCAGAGCAAAAUCGUCGCCGAAGACCGUAUUGUCGAACAGAAGAUCAAGGAUAUCCUCGCUGAGUGGGAGAAGAGCAAGCCUGUCCAGGGACAGAUCGAGCCCGACAUUGCCAUGAACACCCUAAGCAUCUUCGAAGGACGUGUUACUCGCCUCAAGGAAGAAUAUGACCAGGUCUGCCGCGCCAAGGAGGCCCUUGAUCUCGAGCAGACAGUCAACAACCGCCUGGAUCCUGUCCUGGAGGAACUCCGAGACCUCAAGGGUGUUUGGAGCUCGCUCUCGGCCAUCUGGCAGAAGAUCUCGGAGCUCAAGGAUACUCUCUGGUCGUCUGUCAUGCCACGCAAGCUGCGCCAGCAACUCGACCAGCUGCUGGCAUCCACCAAGGAGAUGCCCAGCCGCAUGCGUCAGUACUCGGCUUUCGAGCACGUGCAGGAGACCAUCAAGAGUCACAUCAAGACCAACGCCCUCCUGACCGACCUCAAGUCCGAGGCUCUCCGCGAGCGCCACUGGAAGCAACUGUUCAAGUCACUCAAGUUCGACGGCAAGCUCAUUCUCUCGGAGCUCACUGUCGGCCACCUCUGGGAUGCAGACAUGAAGCGCAACGAGACCGUCAUUCGCGAGGUCAUCACCACUGCCCAGGGCGAAAUGGCUCUCGAAGAGUUCCUCAAGUUUGUCAAGGAAACCUGGACCUCGUACUCGCUUGAGCUGAUCAACUACCAGAACAAGUGCAGACUGAUCCGUGGAUGGGACGACCUGUUUGCCAAGUGCUCCGAGAACCUCAACUCGCUCACGGCGAUGAAGCACUCACCCUACUACAAGGUCUUUGAGGAGGAGGCCGCCACAUGGGAGGACCGCCUCAACCGAAUCCACGUCCUCUUCGAUGUCUGGAUUGAUGUCCAGCGCCAGUGGGUCUAUCUCGAGGGCAUCUUCACCGGCAAUGCCGACAUCAAGCACCUGCUCCCUGUCGAGAGCUCGCGCUUCCAGAACAUCAACGGCGAGUUCAUGGCCGUCAUGAAGAAGGUCUACAAGUCGCCCUUCAUUCUCGAUGUUUUGAACAUCCAGAACAUCCAAAAGUCGCUCGAGCGCCUGGCCGAUCUGCUCUCCAAGAUCCAGAAAGCGUUGGGCGAGUAUCUCGAACGCGAGCGCUCGUCGUUCCCGCGCUUCUACUUUGUUGGUGACGAGGACCUGCUCGAGAUCAUUGGCAACAGCAAGGAUGUGGUGCGCAUCCAAAAGCACUUCAAGAAGAUGUUUGCGGGCAUCUCCAGCAUCAUCCUCGACGACGAGGCCACGACCAUCCUCGGCAUGGCCUCCAAGGAAGGCGAGACCGUCCAGUUCAAGUCUCCAGUGUCGAUCAAGAGCAACCCCCGCAUUAACGACUGGCUGACGCUCCUUGAGAAGGAAAUGCGCGAGUCGCUCGCCCUCUGGACCUCGGACGCCCUCCAGGCCAUGAAUCAGUUCUACUACUCAGAGAACCUCGACGGCAGCGAACUCCUCUCCUGGAUGGACACCCAUCCCGCCCAGCUCGUUGUCCUGACCAUGCAGAUUGUCUGGACCCAGUCCGUCGAGAAGGCUCUUGCCGCAGCGUCCGAGACCCGCGACACCACCGGUCUGCAAACCUCGCUCAAGCUCACUGAGCGCAGCCUCAACGUCCUCGCCGACCUGGUCCUCACGGAUCUACACCCUCUCAGACGCAAGAAAUGCGAGCACCUGAUCACCGAGCUCGUGCACCAGCGCGAUCUGAUCCGCAAGUUGAUCCAGAACCAGGUGUCGUCGGCGUCCGACUUUGACUGGCUCUACCAGAUGCGCUUCUACUGGAACUCGAGCGAGCCCGACCCGCUCAAGCGUCUCACCAUCCGCAUGGCCAACGCUUCCUUCCUGUAUGGCUACGAGUACCUUGGCGUGCCCGACCGCCUGGUGCAAACGCCCCUGACGGAUCGCUGCUACCUGACCCUGACCCAGGCCCUUGACAGCCGUCUUGGCGGCAGCCCCUUCGGACCCGCCGGCACUGGCAAGACCGAGAGUGUCAAGGCCCUGGGUGUGCAGCUCGGACGCUUCGUUCUGGUCUUUUGCUGCGAUGAAAACUUUGACUUCCAGGCCAUGGGACGAAUCUUCCUGGGUCUCUGCCAAGUCGGCGCCUGGGGCUGCUUUGACGAGUUCAACCGCCUGGAGGAGAGAAUUCUCUCGGCUGUCUCGCAGCAAAUCCAGACCAUCCAGAUUGGCCUCAAGGAGGAGGGCGAGAUCGAACUCCUCAGCAAGAAUCUCAAGGUCAACCCCAACACCGGCAUCUUCAUCACCAUGAACCCUGGCUAUGCCGGCCGAUCGAACCUCCCCGACAACCUCAAGAAGCUCUUCCGAAGCAUUGCCAUGACCAAGCCCGACCGCGAGCUCAUUGCCCAGGUCAUGCUGUACUCGCAGGGCUUCCGCACCGCCGAGCUCUUGGCCUCCAAAGUCGUACCGCUCUUCAAUCUGUGCGACGAGCAGCUAUCGCCUCAGAGCCACUACGACUUUGGUCUCCGUUCGCUCAAGAGUGUGCUCAUCAGCGCCGGUAACUUGAAGCGUGAUCGUUUGAACAGCCUGCGAUCGCUGCAGAUUGAAGCCGAGACGAGCGAUGAUGCGGUCCUGAAGGCCACUGCGGCCUCGUCGCUGGAGAGCAUCUCCGAUAGCGGUCGCGAACAAGAACUCCUGAUCCAGAGUAUUCGCGAAACUGUUGUGCCCAAGCUCGUUGCGGAAGACAUCCCGCUCCUGCAGAGCUUGAUGGCCGAUGUCUUCCCCGGCAUCGAGUACAAGCCCGUCGACCUUGGCAAGCUCCAGACCGAGAUCCGCAGGAUCUGCAAGGAGCGUCGUCUUGUGGAUGGCGAGUUCUGGAUGGAGAAAGUCAUUCAGCUGUAUCAGAUUCAGAGCAUCCACCACGGCCUGAUGAUGGUCGGCCCUUCGGGCUCUGGAAAGACCCUUGCUUGGCAGGUGCUGCUGGCUGCUCUCGAGAAGGUCGAGGGCGUCGAGGGUGUCUCGUACGUCAUCGAUCCCAAGGCCAUGUCCAAGGAGGCUCUGUAUGGCUCGAUGGACGUCACAACGCGCGAGUGGACCGACGGUCUCUUCACGCACACCCUUCGCAAGAUCGUCGACAAUGUCCGUGGCGAACACAGCAAGCGCCACUGGAUCAUCUUUGAUGGCGAUGUCGAUCCCGAAUGGGUUGAAAACUUGAACUCGGUCCUCGACGACAACAAGCUUUUGACGCUGCCCAACGGUGAGCGCCUGUCGCUGCCUCCCAACGUCCGCAUCAUGUUCGAAGUCGAGACGCUCAAGUACGCCACCCUGGCAACGGUCAGUCGCUGUGGCAUGGUCUGGUUCAGCGAAGACGUCAUCACCUUCGACAUGAUCGCCACCAACUACCUCGAGACCCUUCGCCAGAUCCCUCUGGAUGACACCGAGGAGGAGUCUGUCAAUCGGCGAACAGCCAACAACGAGGACGCUGCUGUGUCGCAGUCCCUGAUCACCCAACGGCUGAUUGCAGAAAUCAUCUCGCCCUACUUCCGGCCCGAUGGCCUUGUCCAACGCGCCCUCGAGGCUGCAGAGUCCCUGGAGCACAUCAUGGACUUUACGCACAUGCGCGUGCUCAACACUCUCUUCUCGCUCAUCAACAAGACCGUGCGCAACGUGCUGGAGUACAAUGCCGGCCAUCCUGACUUCCCCCUGGGUCACGAUCAGAUGGAGGCCUACGUUCCAAAGCGCCUGGUGCUUUCGAUCAUUUGGAGUUUCUCUGGCGACUCCAAGCUCGAGACCCGCUCCAGACUCGGCGAGUUCAUCCGCACCUCGACCACCAUCGAUCUGCCUCCCACGGGCUCUGGCGCCUCCGUCAUUGACUACGACGUCAGCCUCACAACAGGUGAGUGGAUUCCUUGGCAGACCAAGGUGCCCACCAUCGAGAUCGAGACCCACAAUGUCUCUGCGGCCGACAUUGUCAUCCCCACGAUCGACACCGUCCGUCACGAGGAAGUUCUGUACUCGUGGCUGUCGGAGCACAAGCCCGUUAUCCUCUGCGGUCCGCCCGGCUCCGGCAAGACCAUGACUCUGUUCUCUGCUUUGCGCAAGCUCAGCGAGAUGGAGGUUGUCGGCCUCAACUUCUCCAGCGCCACCACACCUGAGCUGGUGCUCAAGACAUUUGAGCAGUACUGCGAGUAUCGCAAGACUCCCAACGGCGUGGUCCUGUCUCCCCUCAUGUUGGGCCGAUGGCUCGUCGUCUUUUGCGACGAGAUCAACCUCCCUGCCACCGACAAAUAUGGCACCCAGCGCGUCAUCUCGUUCCUGCGUCAGCUCGUUGAGCGCGGCGGAUACUGGCGCUCGUCCGACAAGUCGUGGGUUCAGCUCGAGCGCAUCCAGUUUGUCGGCGCCUGCAACCCCCCGACCGACCCUGGUCGUGUGCCGAUGACUCACCGGUUCCUGCGCCACGCGCCGCUGGUGAUGGUUGACUACCCUGGCGAGAUCUCCUUGCUGCAGAUCUACAACACCUUCAGCAGAGCCAUGCUCAAGGUCACGCCGUCGCUGCGAGGCUAUGCCGAGCCCCUCAGUCAGGCCAUGGUCGAGUUCUAUCUGAUGUCGCAGAAGCGAUUCACACCCGACAUCCAAGCCCACUACAUCUACUCGCCGCGUGAGCUUACCCGCUGGGUGCGCGGCAUCUUUGAGGCCAUCAAGCCCAGCGAGAGCCUCACCAUCGAGGGCUUGGUCCGCAUCUGGGCACACGAAGGCUUGCGGUUGUUCCAGGACCGCCUCGUCUCUGAAGACGAGCGCCAAUGGACCGACGAAAACAUCGAUGUCGUUGCCCUGAAGCACUUCCCCAACAUCAACCGCGAGCAGAGCUUGACCCGCCCGAUUUUGUUCUCGGACUGGCUCACGAAGGACUACCUGCCGGUGGAGCGCGAGGAGCUGCGCGAGUUUGUCAAGGCCCGCCUCAAGACUUUCUACGAGGAGGAGCUUGACGUGCCACUUGUGCUGUUCAACGACGUCCUCGAGCACGUCUUGCGCAUCGAUCGUGUGUUCCGCCAGAAGCAGGGCCAUCUGCUGCUCAUCGGUGUCAGUGGCAGCGGCAAGACGACCCUGUCCCGCUUUGUGGCCUGGAUCAAGGGCCUCAGCGUCUUCCAGAUCAAGGUGCACAACAAGUACACUGCCGAAGACUUUGACGAAGACCUCCGCACGGUCCUGCGCCGCGCAGGCUGUAAGGGUGAAAAGAUCUGCUUCAUCAUGGACGAGUCGAACGUCCUGGACUCGGGCUUCCUCGAGCGCAUGAACACUCUCCUUGCCAAUGCGGAAGUUCCCGGCCUCUUCGAGGGCGACGAGUACGCCUCGCUGAUGACCCAGUGCAAGGAAGGCGCACAGAAGAACGGGCUGAUGAUCGACUCGGCCGAGGAGCUGUACAAAUGGUUCACCAACCAAGUCAUGGAGAACCUGCACGUCGUCUUCACCAUGAACCCUCCCGAAGGCGGCCUCGCUUCCCGCGCCGCCACAUCGCCUGCGCUCUUCAACCGCUGCGUUCUCGAUUGGUUUGGCGACUGGUCCGACCAGGCCUUCUACCAAGUUGGCAAGGAGUUCACCGACACCCUCGACCUCGAUGUCGGUGUGUACACUCCUCCGCUCAACUUCCCGAUUGCCUACCGCGACCUGCCCAUGCCUCCGUCCUACCGCAACGCCGUCGUCAACGCCUUUGUGUUUGUGCACCAGUCGCUCUACGAGAUCAAUCUGAAGCUGAGCAAACGACAGGGCCGCUACAACUACGUCACCCCGCGCCACUACCUCGACUUUAUCAGCCACUACGUCCGCCUCUUCCAUGAGAAGCGCGAGGAUCUCGAGGAACAGCAGCGCCAUCUGAACGUUGGUCUGGAUAAGCUCCGCGAUACCGUUAUCAAGGUCGAGGAGCUUCGCAAGAGCUUGGCCGUCAAAAAGGCUGAGCUCGAGAACAAGAACAAGCUCGCCAACGAGAAGCUGCAGAAGAUGGUUGCCGACCAACAGGAAGCUGAGCAGAAGAAGGCCGCUGGACUCAAGAUCCAGGAGGACAUUGAGCGCCAGAACAUUGCGAUCGAGGAGCGCCGCACGACCGUCCAGGGCGAUCUGGAGAAGGCCGAGCCGGCUGUCAUCGAGGCCCAAAAGAGUGUCAGCAACAUCAAGAAGAACCACCUGACCGAAGUGCGCUCGAUGGCCAAUCCGCCCGAGUCCGUGCGAAUUGCGGUCGAAUCGGUCUGUGUGCUCCUGGGCCACAAGGUCGAUUCGUGGAAGACGGUCCAAGGUAUCCUCCGCCGCGACGACUUUAUCUCCAGCAUCGUCAACUUUGACACCAACAAGAUGAACACCAAAAUCCGUGAGGACGUCAACUCAACCUACCUGUCCAACCCGAACUACAACUUUGAGUCGGUCAACCGCGCUUCCAAGGCCUGUGGUCCUCUUGUCCAGUGGGUGAUUGCCCAGGUCACGUACUCCAAGAUCCUGGAGCGCGUCGCCCCUCUCCGCAACGAGCUUGCCGACCUCGUCAAGGACGCCGAGAAGGCCAAGAUCAGCGCCAAGACCAUCCAGGACAUGAUCCAGGAGCUCGAGGAGAAGAUCGCCCGUUACAAGGACGAGUACGCUGUUCUCAUCAGCGAGACCCAGGCCCUCAAGACCGAGAUGGAGAAGGUCAAGUCCCGCGUCGAUCGCAGUUUGGCGCUGCUGGCCAACCUCUCCUCCGAGAAGGAGCGCUGGGAGUCGUCGAGUCAGUCAUUCGAGGUGCAGAUGGGCACCAUUGUUGGCGAUGUUCUGCUCUCUGCCGCCUUCCUCGCCUACGGCGGCUACUUUGAUCAGCAGUACCGUGACGCGCUUCUGCAGUACUGGAAGAUCCAUCUCGUCCAAGCCGGUAUCCGCUUCAAGCAGGACCUUUCUCUGCCCGAGUAUCUCUGCACCGCCGACGAGCGUCUCGCUUGGCAGGCCAAUGCUUUGCCUGCGGACGACCUGUGCACCGAAAAUGCCAUCAUGAUGAAGCGCUUCAACCGCUACCCGCUCAUCAUCGACCCCUCUGGACAAGCCACGGCCUUCCUGCUCAACGAGUACAAGGACAAGAAGAUCACCGUCACCAGUUUCCUGGACGACUCCUUCCUCAAGGUUCUCGAGAGCGCCCUCCGCUUCGGCAACCCGCUCCUGGUCCAAGACGUGGAGAACCUCGAUCCCAUCCUGAACGCCGUCCUCAACAAGGAGCUGCGUCGCACUGGCGGCCGUGUCCUUAUCCGUCUCGGUGGCCAGGACAUUGACUUUUCGCCUGCGUUUACCCUGUUCCUGUCGACGCGCGAUCCCUCUGUCAACUUCCCGCCGGACAUUUGCUCCCGAGUCACCUUUGUCAACUUCACAGUGACUCGUAGCAGUCUCCAGAGCCAGUGCUUGCACCAGGUUCUCAAGGUCGAGCGCCCAGACACCGAUCGCAAGCGCACCGAUCUCAUCAAGCUCCAGGGCGAGUUCCAGCUCAAGUUGCGCCAUCUCGAAAAGUCGCUGCUGCAGGCCCUCAACAACUCCAAGGGCAACAUCCUCGACGACGACAACAUCAUUUCCACCCUCGAGACCCUCAAGCAGGAGGCCGCCGAGGUCACCCGCAAGGUCGUCGAGACCGAUGUGGUCAUGAAGGAAGUCGAGUCGGUUACGUCCAUGUACACUCCGCUGGCGCAGGCGUGCAGUUCCAUCUUCUUCAUCAUGGAACAGCUGAGCCAGCUGCACCACUUCUAUCAGUUCUCGCUUGAUUUCUUCAUGGAAAUCUUCCAGCACAUCAUGCACAACAACCCCAACCUCAAGGGCCUCACCGACUACAACCAGCGCCUGUCGAUCCUGCUCAGGGAUCUCUUCAAGGUCUCAUACACGCGCGCCUCCCAGGCUUUGCUGCACGACGAUCACAUCACCUUUGCUAUCCUGCUUGCACACGUUAUGCUGCGAGGUAGCAACGACCAGAUCGACGACCUCGACUAUGACUUUUUCCUCACGGGUGGCGAGCGCGUUGGAGCCGCCAAGCCUGCCAACGAAAUUGUCGAUGUUGUUGGCGAGGAAGCGGCCAAUCGCCUGGCGGACCUGGCCAGAAUCCCCGCGUUCAAGUCGGUUGCGGAGCACUUGGCAGCCAACGAGGCCGAGUGGCGCGCCUUUAGCGGUGACCUCACCCCCGAGACACGCAUUCCACACUGCUGGGCGGAUGCAUCUUCCGAGCGAUCCCCCGUGGUUGAUGCUUUCAGGAAGCUGAUUCUGAUCAAGUGUGUCCGCCCCGAUCGACUCACCUCGGCCGCGACGACCUUUGUGGACGCUGUCUUUGGCAGCACUUUCAUGUCCGAUCCGCUCAACCUCCGCAGCGUCGUCCUGGAGGAGCUCUCGAGCUCGACCCCGGUCGCUUUCUGCUCUGUGCCGGGCUUUGACGCCAGCUACAAGGUCGAGAACUUUGCCCACGAUGUGUCGACCCGCAUCACCUCGGUGGCCAUGGGCUCGACGGAAGGUUUUGCCCUUGCCGAUAACGCCAUCUCGACCGCGGUCAAGUCUGGCAGCUGGGUCCUGCUCAAGAACGUUCACCUGGCCCCCUCGUGGCUCGGCCAUCUGGAGAAGAAGCUCCACAGCUUGAAGCCCCACAAGGACUUCAGACUGUUCCUCACGAUGGAGACCAACCCCAAGGUUCCGGUGAACCUUCUGCGCCUGUCGCGCGUGCUCAUGUUCGAGCCUGCCCCUGGACUGAAGGCCAACCUCAUCCAAAACCUGAACAGCAUUCCGGCCGCCAAGCUGACCAAGGGCCCUGUCGAGCGCACCCGCCUCUACUUUGUUUUGGCCUGGCUCCAUGCCGUCGUGCAAGAGCGCCUGCGCUACGCCCCGCUGGGCUGGACCAAGGUUUACGAGUUCAAUGACUCUGAACACGACAUGGCGCUGCUGAUCAUCGACAACUGGCUUGAGGCCACGAGCCAAGGCAGAAGCAACAUCUCGCCGGAUCGUAUUCCCUGGGACGCCAUCAAGACCCUGAUCCGAGAAACGGUUUAUGGAGGCAAGAUCGACAACGAGUUUGACCAAACCCUCCUCGACUCGUUUGUAAACAAGCUCUUCCGACCCGAGAGCUACGAUGUUGGAUUCCCGUUGGUUGAAAGGUCUGAGGAUGGCGAGGCCCUCAUCAUCCCCGAAGGCACCAAGCUCGAGCAGUUCGUGUCGUGGGCGCAGCAGCUCCCAGAGCAGCAGCCACCCUCGUGGCUCGGACUGCCCAACAAUGCCGAGAAGGUUCUCAUGGCUUCGAAGGGUCUGUCCAUGAUCUCUAACGUUCGCAAGAUGAGAAGUCUCAACGAAGAGGAGGAUGUCGUUAACUCCUCGGGAGCCACGACCAAGGCCAGCUCCGCCGCCCAGCCCGCAUGGAUGCGCGUCAUCAUCUCGUCGGUCGACGAGUGGCUCGCCAUGCUUCCGGAGAACCUCACCGCGAUGAUCAAAACGACCGAGAGCAUCAAGGACCCGCUCUUCCGCUUCUUCGAGCGCGAGAACAAGAUUGGCAAAAAGCUUCUAUCGUCCGUUCGAAGCGAUCUCACCGACCUGCGCAAGGUCUGCGAGGGCCAGCUGAAGCAGACAAACCAUCUCCGAGCACUUAUCGACUCGGUUACCAAGGGUGUCAUUCCCCAGCACUGGAUCAAGUUCAAGGUCAGCAAGGAUCUCUCGCUGACCCAGUGGAUGAGCGACUUCAAUAUGCGCCUUGCCCAACUGUCCCACGUUUCGUCCAAGACUUCAUUCAGCGACCUCGAUGUCUGGAUCGGCGGACUCUUCAUUCCCGAAGCCUUCAUCACCGCCUCUCGUCAGUCUGUGGCCCAGCGCAACCAAUGGUCGCUCGAGGAACUCGAACUCCAGUUCGAGUUCAACAGUAGCAGCAGCGACGGCUUGGGUUUCAACAUCUCAGGUCUUCGUCUCCAGGGUGCCAUCUGGAAGGACAAUGCCCUUGUUCUCUCUUCCGACAUUGCCACCAAGUUGUCGGGCACCCGCAUCCGAUGGGCCAAGACGUCCGAGGCGGCCUCGGCCAAGCGCCGCGCCCUCGGACUUCCUGUCUACCUCAACUCUGAUCGUACCGAAGUUCUCUUUGUCGCGAACCUGCCUGCGGAAGCCCUCUCUGAGAACUCCAAGGUGAUCCAGCGAAGCGUUGCGAUCAUCGCCGCCAACUUCUAG